AACGAAUUGACACCUUACCCUAUCGCGCUUGAACGUUGAUGAAGUGGAGAUGGGGCUCGGUAGAAGUUCCCUCUCGACGCUGUGAACCAAAGAACAGCCGCGAACGCCCCUCCACUAUUACGCUACCACUGAUUUCUCUGCUCCCUCGUCUGCCGCACUAUAGAGCUGUUAUGAUAGUGGUUUACGUGGUACUGGAUAUCCGCCUUCUCCGUUCCCCUGAAUAACCAAAACAAUGAUGACCGGAAGCCAGAGGGUGGAGGCAUGGGUGGCUUUUGCUCUGCUAAGCUGAAGCAUAAGUGGAGAAUCGGAUGCGGUGCAGGCCGCUUCACGGCUCGAGUUUUUUUUUUGACCAGAAGCCCUUUCUUCAAAUGCCUGUAUUCUUAUACAAAUGAGGGACUUGCUCAUCUGGUGGAUUUUUUACUUUCUCAGGGACACGGUUCAUCUCCCUGCCCCCCAUCCGUGGUCAUGCUAACCCAAGCUUUGCGGGCCCUCUACGCUGAUGGAGGCAACUCCCCCAUCGCCCGUCGGUGGGAGUUUCGCGAGGAAUCCCCGGUCGAGGGUACCGAUCGUUCGCUCUUUAUUGCUAUGGGGGUGAUAGCUAUUCUAUCAUUGGGGUCUACUCUUGGCCUCUUGUCGUUCCUUACCCACCGAUUCAUUUACUGGCAGCGGUACUACAAGCGUCCGCUUGCUCAGAACCAAUACGUCGUGCUUAUUUUCAAUCUCCUGCUGGUUGACUUGCAACAAUCGAUUGCUUUUCUUAUCAGUUUGCACUGGGCGGCUCGUGGCAGUACUCAUUUCGGAGAGACUGCCUGCUACUUGCAAGGAUGGUGGAUCCAGACAGGUGAUGCUGGUAGUGGUUUGUUCGUCUUGUCUAUUGCGCUACAUACGAGCGCCGUUGUACUGCGUGGUCGCCAACUUCCAUUCAAUACCUUUGUGUACUGUGUAAUCGUGCUAUGGAUGUUUAUUCUCAUCUUGGGAUUCAUCCCGGUUGGUCUAUAUGGCUCUAAGGUCUUUGUCAUUACAGAGGCCAAUUGGUGCUGGCUGAGCCCGGAACACCAGGCCGAACGACUAUGGGGCCAUUAUCUCUGGAUUUUCCUUUCCGAGUUCGGUACAGUCGCUCUCUACACGAUCAUGUUCUUCUACCUCCGACGCCGUAUGGCCCAAGCGAAGAUGCUCCGCCGGGGCCAACAAGAGAGCUUGCAACGCCUCAACCGCGUUGUAGUCUACAUGGUCAUUUAUCCCCUGGUUUACUUGGUCUUAUCGUUACCACUUGCGGCGGGUCGUAUGGCAACCGCUCGCGGUAAUUCUCCUAGCAAGACCUACUUCGGUGUUGCUGGCUGUCUUAUGGCUUCAUCUGGCCUCAUGGAUGUGAUUGUCUAUACCGUCACUCGUCGCCAUCUGAUCUCCGAUACCGAGCGCAGUACGACUGACCGCAUCUACGACUACACCGACUCCCAAUGGCAGACGAACAUUACUACUACAAAUGCUGGUGAGGGGACACGCACCCGAAAGGGAGGAUUACGGAUGGGAUCUCGACUGGGCUCAAAGUUCCGGCGGAGUAUUCCUACUGUCGACAAGGAGACUCGAAAUAGCCCCUUCGAGGACUCGACGGACGAUAUUGUCCAGAAGGAUGACGUUGAAAUGAACAACUUAGACGGUGGUGUGUAUCAGGAGACCACCAUUGAGAUCACUCAUGAGCCUGCAACCCCUGCGGAUACUCUGGAAGGAGGCUCGCGCCGGAGUGGCUAAAGGCUUUUUAUGCUGUAUGACUUCUCCUCACCCUACAGGGCUGUAUUUAUGAUUGAUUUUGUAUCUACUUCACACGGCAUGUCUGCCACUUCUUUACGCUCUCUAACACUCUAAUACAUGAUCGUUCACGGUUG